GAAAUAAGGAAGUUUCAGAGCGCCACCUUGCAAAUGUGUUCACGUUUCAGCGGCAAAUACUGAGUCUUCUUUGUCGGUUGCCAGCUGAACUGGACCAUGUUGCUUGCAGCGUUGGGUUGCCUGAAAAAGUGAAGAGGACACAUUCCUCACAACCGGACAUUCAGUGGAUUAUAUCGUGGUCGUGCACCAGCAACCUUGUGAGUGGACCUUUUGAAGGCAACCACCAUCAGUGGACCAAGAUGGCCGACAGAGUGAAUAGUCUGCCAUUCUUCUAUGGCAACAUUACCAGAGAGGAGGCAGAGGAGUAUCUGCAGCAGCCAGGCGCAGGUAGCGGCUUGUAUUUGCUACGGCAAAGUCGAAACCACUUGGGAGGUUUUGCCCUGUCUGUGUUACAUUCUGGCCGCUGCUACCACUACACCAUUGAAAGAGAAUCCAAUGAAACGUACGCUAUUGUCGGUGGUAAAAGCCACAGCAGCCCUAUAGAUGUGAUCGACUACCACUCUCAGGAGAUGGACGGCCUUGUGUGUCGGCUCAAGAAGCCCUGCAACAGGCCCAAGAACAUGCAGCCUAAAGUGGGGCCAUUUGAGGACUUGAAGGAAAAACUGAUCCAGGACUAUGUAAAGGAGACCUGGAAUUUACAGGGAACAGCUUUGGAACAAGCCAUUAUCAGCCAAAGGCCGCAUUUGGAGAAGCUGAUUGCGACAACUGCUCAUGAACGAAUGCCUUGGUUCCAUGGAAAAAUAACUCGAGAGGACUCGGAGCCAAGGCUUCAAAAAGGGUCCCGUACCAAUGGGAAAUUUCUCAUCCGCCAGAGAGAUGUGAAUGGAUCCUACGCUCUUUGUUUAUUACAUGAAGGAGAAGUGAUGCAUUACCGCAUUGACCAGGACAGAGCUGGCAAGCUCUCAAUUCCAGACGGCAAGAAGUUUGACACUCUUUGGCAGCUGGUGGAACACUACUCGUAUAAACCAGAUGGCCUUCUGCAAGUUCUCACUGAAACCUGUCCACAACCUGAUGGAGAUACAGGACAGUCGCUGCUACCACAGGAUACUUCUGGAUUUGCGUCUAUAUUUCAAAAUGCAGCAGGGGGAUUUCUUGCCAAAAUUAAAACUGUUCCCAAGCCUGGCCGACAAAAGAGCCGUGGAUCUCGACAUGAAAACAAAGACUCCAGUACUCCCAAUCCCUAUGACGCGCAACUGCCAAUCAACAGUCGGGUGGUAACCAUAGAGUCAUUGCCGAUGGACACACCGGUAUAUGACAGAACGUAUGCAGACCCAGAUGAGCUGAGGAGCUCCAUCGUGAAUCCUGAACAGCUCGUCCUAGAGAAUGAAGAAUUGGGUUCAGGGAACUUCGGUACAGUCAGGAAGGGCUUCUACAAGACAAAAAUGACAAACCAGCCAGUUGCCGUGAAAAUCCUGAAAAACGAUGAAAGCGGCACAUCACUUCGGGAGGAAAUGCUGCGAGAAGCAAACGUCAUGCAGCAGUUGGACAAUCCUUAUAUCGUGCGGAUGAUCGGCAUCUGCGACGCAGAGAGCCUCAUGCUAGUCAUGGAGCUGGCCGAGCUGGGGCCACUUCACAAGUUCCUGCAGAAAAACAAGCAAGCAAGCAUUGCCAACAUCACGGAGCUGGUGCACCAGGUGUCCAUGGGGAUGAAGUAUCUUGAGGAGCAUAACUUCGUCCAUCGAGACCUUGCUGCGAGGAACGUGCUGCUCGUAACACAGCACUAUGCCAAAAUCAGUGACUUUGGUCUUUCCAAAGUAGUUGCAGAGGACGAGAACUACUACAAGGCAAAGGGCCACGGGAAGUGGCCGCUGAAAUGGUACGCUCCAGAGUGUAUCAAUUACUUCAAAUUCUCAACCAAAAGUGACGUGUGGAGCUUCGGGGUGCUCAUGUGGGAAGCGUACUCUUACGGAGAGAAGCCAUACAGGGGAAUGAGAGGAAAUAACGUUUUGCAAUUGAUUGAGAGUGGAAGGCGGAUGGAUGCCCCGCCGAACUGUCCAGAAGAAAUGGACAGCCUCAUGAAGACUUGCUGGACGUAUGAGGUGGAGAAAAGACCUACAUUUGCUGUUAUCGAGCAAAGACUGCGGCGGUAUUAUUACGACAUUGCACAAUGAAUAGCCACACCAAUGUUGUACAAAUCUAGAAAAUAGAUAAAUCGCCGACUUCAACUGGAGAUCUUUUAAUUUCAUACCCAUUGUACAUUAAAAUUAGGAAGAAAUACAUUUUCUGCUUCUGCAAUAAAACAAAUUACAAUAAACCUAA